CUUCUCCUUUGACGCAAGGACGUGGACAGGAACAAUAAUGGGACUCGCCGACCUUUGUGGGCCAGUGUUGCAGAGGUUGUAAUGUAUGAAUACUGUAAGGAAUAACAAUGCCCGUCCAGAGCCUGCCAGUCCGGGAUGGGUCCUUUCAUUUCCGUCUGCUCCAGCAGUAUUUGAUCCUCCUGAAAAAAUACCCGAUCCUCACGAAAUCUGUAACCAGUGGGAUCCUGUCCGCUUUAGGAAAUCUACUUUCACAGUUCUUGGAAGGCAGAAAAAAGGCCAAAAGUGGAGGUCCGGUUGAGGAGAUCGAUGUGGCUGGAGCCACACGAUAUGCCAUCUUUGGGUUGAUUAUCACUGGGCCAGUGAGUCACAUCUUUUACCAGCUGAUGGAGGUGUGGAUGCCAACCACUGACCCGCUCUGCAUCGUCAAACGACUGCUACUGGACCGACUCGUCUUUGCUCCCGGCUUCCUGCUCCUUUUCUACCUUGUUAUGAACAUCCUGGAGGCUAAAGGCUGGGACGAUUUCCAGAAGAAGAUGAGAAAAAGUUACUGGACUGCUCUGAAGAUGAACUGGAAAGUCUGGACUCCUUUCACAUUUAUAAACAUAAACUUUGUGCCUGUUCAGUUUCGAGUGCUCUUCGCCAACAUGAUUGCCUUAUUCUGGUAUGCCUACCUUGCCACUGUGAGGAAAUGAUGCUUCUUUGAGGGCUAACGAGAUGCAACCAGCUUCCAUAUACGGCUGAAGAUUCUUUACAUGAAGCUGCAAGGCUGAUUACUGGGAUAUUGCUUUAAAACGCUAGAACUAAAAGAAUAAAAGAGUAUUUUUUAUGCUUUGUUUCGCAGGGACCUGUAUAUAAAAAAAAAGCUCCAGAAAGUUUAACAUUCUGACAUUUUUUUUACAUAAGCUGAGAUAGAGAUUUUUUGUUGUUACCUUUAAUGAGCUUUACCUACUGAUCUGAACAAACGCAGAAAUAAAAUACUAAAGAGACAU